AUGGUUUUGGUACAAAAUAUUGGUACACUUUAUAUAACAGUUUUCAGGAAAGAAACGUACAUACUGAGUAAUAAAUUCGUUCUCCUUUCACUAGUUGCUAUAUUUCAAAGAGUAUUGUAAAAAUUAUUUAGAUAUAUGCAUUUGAAUUCUUUAACUUGUAAGAGAAAUUUAUAGAGAAAUUAAAGUGAUCAGAUUUCAUACGAAAGUAAUAACUCGUAUUCGAAUUUUUUCGGUGGAAGAAAUACAUGAGAUAGAAAAGUAGGAUAAAUACUUCUCGAUUAGACAGACUUUAUCAUUCAAGUGGUAUACUUCUUAAAAGUAUACAAAAACCAGGUAUUACGUGAAAGUGGUAAUACCUAGUUCCUGUAUACUUUUAAGAAAACUUGAAUGAGCUCAUUGCUCAACUUACAAUAUUUGAUAAUUCCAGGAAAAGAGAUUUUAUUACCCUUGUGAUUUUUAUAACAUAAAGAUCUUUAUCUCUCUUUUUACUAUGCUAGACAUAUUACUCUGCAGGAUUAUGUUACGUGAAUUUUUAAUUACAGACGGAAAUGUGAGGCCGACGGAAAGGAGGCGAAGGCGGAGCUGACACAACGCAAUAUGUUCCCUAGCGCUCAAAUUAAAAUGAGGUAAAUAGAACCACGUUGAAGUUAUACUCUUAAAGAGCAACGCGUAAUAUACUAUGAAACAUCGAGAAAAUGAUAGGCCUCGGUUGCAAUUGAAAUUCUUCGAUCUUACGUAAUAUCUAACAAUCGAUUGCGGCCCGUAACGAGACUCACGCGAGCAUAUAAAUCUUUGCGAUGGAAGCAGUAAUAUCUUCUCUCUUGGUAACUAAUAAAUCAAUUAGCUACGAAGUAGUUUACAAACAAUCGAACAUUCAGUGGAGACAACUACAGGAAUUCACUUAAAAAAUUAUAACUGUUGAAAGGAUACAACUGUAAGAAUUCAUUUACAAAAGUUAUCGUAUUUUGUAAAUAUUAAAAUUUUUUUAAAUUCGGACAAUCGACUACAGACUGCGGAUUUUAUGCACUUACAAAAGUCCGCGAUCUACUUAUAAACUAUUAAAAAUCAAGAAAAGGCAGUUAUAAGAAUUCGCGUAAAAAAUAAUAAUACAAAUUAAUAUUUAAAAAAUUCAAAUGCAUUAACGCAACAUUUCAUAAUUUUUAAUUAUUCUUUUCAGUCAGUUUACAUUGUUAAAUUCUAUUAAUAUUGCGUCUAUGAAGAUCGCGUUUUUCCUUCUUAUAAAAUUUCGAAAAGUCAGAGUAGGUAUUUACAAUAGCAUGAUAAAUGAUCCUUAAUGGAUUAAUAUCAUAUACAAAAGUCAUAGGACAAGUAUCAUAAGUUAAAUAAACAUACAGAGUUGUUAGUACAUUAACAAUUGCAUUAUAAAAUACACACACAAAUUAAAAGCUAUAUUAUCUACAAUAAAUGCUGAAUAUUAAAAUUUAAAGUUCCCCUAAGACUUUCAAACGGAAGUGAAAACCAUCUUCAAAAAAUUUUAAGAGAACGAUGUUUUCCUCUGUCGUCCUUCCCCGAAACAUCGAGGCAGAACCUUCGUAGCCUCAUACAGAAGGAACAGAGCCUGAUGGUGGCUAAUGUCGAAAGUAUCUCUCUCAGAUUGCUGUCGCCAAGUAGUUCGCCGGCCACGUCGCCCACAAUGUCGAAUUCCUCGUCGCCGACGCCGCCGACGCCAGCUGCACCAGCUUACAACCAGAAGAUGACCGGAAUACCCUGCGUUGCUGCCGCUUCCAGGUACACGGCACCAGUACACAUCGACGUAGGUGGCACGAUAUACACGUCCUCGCUCGAAACUCUCACCAAGUAAGUUCGAGAUCCUUACGAGACUAAUGAUACAAUACGUAUCAAGACUAACUUCUAUGUUCUAUUCAGAUAAACAAUUAGGAUUAUAAAUGAAACUAUUUACUAUAUAUGUAGGUAAAUACGUAUGAUUUUGUCAAUUAUGAUUAGACUGCGUGGAUUUUUAUGUGAAUGCAUAUUCAGAUAAACACAAACAAUUUUAUUUUAUCUAUAUUAAAUAUUGUUUUAUCUAUUAAAUGUUUUAUGUAUUGCGUACAUUUUUUUAUAUCAUUUUAUUCCCAUUGAUGCAUAAAAAUUCACAAUUUAAUUAUUGGGCGUAUUAUAGGUAUCAUAAACGUUUCUGAUCCAACUGCUGUAUCCUUACUUAUUUUCAAUUGAAUGAUACUUGUUUAUCGUUAUCAGAAAUCUUCUUCCCUUUGCUUAAAACUAAAACGUGAUUACCACGUGAAAAAUACGAAAACAGUAGGGUCAAAUUUCAUUGCUCUUUAAAGUUCAUUAGAAAAGGUUUUAUUAGAUAUGAGCAUAUUGAAAACUGAUAAAAAUUCAAGAGAUAAGGCUUAA